AUGUGUCAGAUUGGGGGAAACCAGACAAUACUUGUGUGUGGUGAGUCAGGCGCGGGAAAGACUGAAAAUGCAAAAUAUCUGGUUAAACAUCUGAUGCAUACAUGUGCCUGUGAACAAGGCAUCGACGAUUUGAGAAGCAAACUUCUUCAGCUCGACAUAGUGCUUGAAAGCUUUGGAAACGCAAGAACGAAAAUAAACCCCAAUGCCAGCAGAUUUGCAAAGCUUCUGCAGAUAAGCUUCAAAGAUGAAAAAGUCAUUGGAGCUAAUUUGCGACACGUCAUGCUCGACAAAAACCGGGCUGUGGACAGGACGGAAAAUUGUAAUGAAGGGAAUUUCCACAUUUUCUACGCAUUAUUUGAGGGACUGUCUCCUGUGGAAAAGCAAAAACUUCACUUGCAGAGUGAAAAAUUUUAUACAAUACUCAUGGGAAGUAAUGAAAGUGUACCUGAAAAGGAGAAAUAUAUUAAACAGUACCGUGAAAUAAAACAAGCCCUGGAAUGCUUUGCAGUGACAUGCGAUGAAUUUACAAUUCUGGAGAAAAUGCUAGCUGCAAUAUUACUGCUGGGUGAGAUUACAUUUGUUAAACCAGCUAGCGAAAUUGAUAGAAUCAAAGUAAAGAACGAGGAAAAACUGAGGCAGGUUGCGGAAUUGAUGAGUGUUAAAGUUGACGAUUUGAAGAAAGGCCUUCUGUUGAAGAAACUUGGUGCUGGUGAGGGAAUCCAUCACACCAGUAUACAGGAGGCUGAACUUAGGAGAGAUGCUUUGGCACAGCACAGUUAUGAGCGAGUGUUUGGAUGGGUUGUCUUGAAAAUCAAUGAGAAUUUACAUCGAUAUAGAAUAGAAACGGAAGACGUUACAAACAUAGGAAUUCUGGACAUCCCGGGGUUUGAGGAUCUACAAAUAAACAGAUUUGAACAAAUGUGUAUCAAUUUACUAAACGACAAAAUGCAGAUUUUCAUGUUUGAUAUGAUUAUCGAGAGUGAAAAGAAAAUCUACGAAGACGAAGAUGUUGAUCCAGAUAUUUUGACCAUGAAGAUGGGAAAUGAAAAUGUUGUUGACAUAUUUGAAAAUAAGAUGAUAGGUAUCUGGCAAACGCUAAGCACGGAAACAUCACCGCCCUAUGGACGAGACAUGCAUUUAGUGGUUAGACUGCAAUGGAACCUUAGAGAUCAAACUCCAAAACUGAUAGAAUUCAAACAAGGAUGUCCAUCAGAGUUUUGCAUCAAACACCUUGCAGGAGAGAUCUGGUACAAUUGUGAAAAUAUUCUAGAGAAGAAUCGAGACAAACUUACAGAUGAUUUGAGAAACAUAAUAAAGAAAAGCAUUGACCAGCAAAUUUCAGCAGACCUUUCGGGAACUUUAUCAAGAAACCAUAAUGGUCCCAGAAGAAAGUCAAAGACUGCUCUUGACACUUACAAGGAGUCAUUGAAUGAGCUUAUGAAGGAACUGGAACGUUCAACGCCUCACUUCGUAAGGUGCAUAAAACCAAAGGAAGAACCGAACAGCUGUUCCUAUGACAAAAGGGUUGUUGGAAAGCAAUUGAUGUACAAUGGAAUUUUGCAGAUAGCAAAACUUCGAAAUCACGGAUUUUCUGUUCAGUUAACAGUGACGGAUUUCAUUAAAAGGUACAACAUCCUCUUUCCGGAACUGCAUGCAGGGUCUACUAAAGAAGAUUUAGAAUCUAUUAUCGAAAAUUUACUUCCCUCUGAAAUGAAAGAUUGCUUUCAACUUGGACAACACAUGAUUUUCUUGAAAGAGGAGGUAGACAUAUACAUUGAGAAGAAAUUAUUUGAGAAAAAAAGGAAUGAUGAGGAAAAUCCAGGUCAAAUGAGAAAAAGAAAAAGACAAUCAAAGAUAACAAUUGAAGAGGACAAAGUGAAGGCACCAGGAAGUGUAUGA